AUGGAAUUAUCAACACUUCAUGAUGGACUAAGGCGAUGCACGGCCAAGGCCAUUUUGGAAACGCAUGCGAGGCGAUUUGAUGAGGAGACGGGUCGUUUGAUACCACAACACGAGCAAACAUCUAGUACAAUUAUCGAGGUGCUCCUCACUAGUCUUCAUAAGCUUGGAAUAAAGGGAAGGAAAGCGCUGACUAAUUUUAUUGUCGACCAAAUGCUUGAUUUAACAUUCAAGCAUGAUUUCUCAAUACUUUUCGUACGCCUAUAUCAUGACUUGGCCUUAGCUCGGACGAGUCCAGCUGAAGUGGGGGGCUUGGGAGUUGGGGAUGCUUCUACUGAGAUCCAGCGGCAUAGUGAAUUGGGCGACUUUACGUGUCAGAUGUUUACUCGAAAAGACGUUACUGUUAUGCUAGCCACAGAAUUCGAUGUACUUGGUACGAUAUUGAGAACUGCACGAGACAUGCUAAUGCGGACUGUGAUGCAGGAGGGAGGAGUUUAUCGCGGAGUUGAUAUUACGCAUCCUAUCAUCAAGAAACACGAGCUCACGCAGUGUACUAUGGACUUGCUCUAUGUGUUGGAUCAUGAGGAAGUUCAUGAAGUGAUAAUGCGAAAUGAGGGGAAGAUGAUGAAAGAGUAA